AAGCGCUUGCUUCAUACCAUUGGUCCAUGUUGUCGUCAGUCAUACGAACAUCAGCACAGAUUGGCUGACGUCACAUUUUCAGAGGCGUUCACGUUUGAUAGCAGGAAGUAGAGACGCACGAAAUGGGAAAUAAUUUGUAAUGUAAAACAAAUAAACCACAAACAACAAGCGUAGAGCCAUGUCCUCAUAUACGUCAUACCUGAGGUAAACAGUGGUGACACCACCACUCAUCGGAACAUCAUGGACGCCAGGCAUGCUGGGAAUCUGCAGUCCGUUCACACCAGAAAUGCUGCGGUGUGGCAGCAAACACGCAGCCUUCUUUACAAGAACCUGCUCAUCAAAUGGAGGACCAAACAACAGAGUUUGCAGGAAGUGAUCCUCCCGCUGCUCCUGUUGGCUCUCCUGAUCCUCAUCAGCACCCACAACCCUCAUGUGUCGUAUGGUGGUAUCGGCACCAUGGAGCUGGAGCGGGAAGAUUACAUCUUCAAGGGCCUGGGCUACACGCCAAUCACCAACAUCACAAACCAUAUCAUGGAGGAGGUGGCCCAGGAGAUGCACAUGGACCGUUUGGAGAUGUUUGCCAGCGAGGAGGACCUGGAGAAUGCCAGCCUGUAUGAGCGUUCCAGCUACGUCGGCGUGGUGUUCACAGACGCUUCGGCCACCUCGUACAGGCUACGCUUCCCGUACAACCAGCUGCCCCAGCCCAGCGACUACACCGAGUCCAUUGCCAAUUGUUUCACCAGCUCAGUCAACUGCAGGGCGGCUAAUUACUGGUACUCUGGUUUCAUCCGCCUCCAGUCGCUGAUCGAUGCCGCCAUCAUCCAGAUGCAGACCAAGCGUGCCGUGUGGAGCGAGAUGGACCUGAAGGUGGUCAUGAUGGGCCAGCCAGGGUCUGUGGAGGUGCAGAAGUUCCCCCACGCCCUCAUAUCCAUCUACCUGGUUCUGGCCUUCACCCCCUUUGUCACUUUCCUCAUUGUGAACGUGGCGGCCGAGAAGGAGCACCGCCUCAAAGACACCAUGACCAUGAUGGGGCUGUAUGACUCCGCCUUCUGGAUGUCAUGGGGCCUCCUGUAUGCUGCUCUGAUGACCGCCAUGUCCGUCCUGAUGUCCGUCAUCGCCACGUACACGGCGCUUUUCCCAAACAGUGACUUCUUUAUCAUCUUUUCCCUCAUCUUUCUCUACGGGAUAUCUUCUAUCUUUUUCUCCUUCAUGCUGACGCCGUUAUUCAAGAAGCCAAAGUUUGCCAGCACGGUGGGCUCCAUGUUGACGGUGGUCUUUGGAUGUCUGUCGCUUUUUACAGUCCUCAUGAAGGACUUCCCUCAGCCGCUGGUCUGGAUCCUCUGCCUGCUCUCUCCCACUGCCUUCUCCAUCGGCAUCGCACAGGUGGUGUAUCUGGAGGCCCAAGGAGAUGGAGCUGUGUCCUCCUCCUUGUCCAACGGCCCUCAUCCGCUCUACGUGCCGCUGCUCAUGCUGGUUCUGGACUGCAUCCUUUACCUGCUCCUGGCCAUCUACUUGGACCAGGUGCUCCCAGGCCAGUUCAGAAUGAGGAGGUCCUUGCUCUACUUCCUGAAACCGUCCUACUGGUCCAAGCGCAGCAAGCGCUACGUGGAAGUCAGCUCCGUGUACGACGUGGAGGCCAAUGGCGCUCCUAGCUCGGGCGAGUCCGUCGAGCCCAUUUCGCCAGAGUUCCGAGGGAAAGAGGCCAUUCGCAUCAGCAACAUCAGCAAGGUCUACAAGGAAAAGGACAACAGCGUGGAGGCUCUCAGAGGUCUGAGCUUUGAUAUUUACGAGGGCCAGAUUACGGCUCUGCUGGGCCACAGCGGCGCCGGGAAGUCCACUCUCAUGAACAUCCUCUGCGGCAUCUGCCCCCCCACCGACGGCUCGGCCUCCAUUUAUGGCUCCCCUGUAGCCGAGAUUGCGGACGGGCCAGAGAUGAAGCAGCUGGUGGGAGUUUGCCCGCAGUUCAACAUCAUAUUCGAUGUGCUCACCGUGGCGGAGCACCUGAGGAUAUUUGCCGCCAUUAAAGGGAUCCCGACUGCAGACAUCGACGCCGAGGUCACCAAAGUGCUGAAGGAUCUGGACUUGGAGAAGAUCAUGACGGCUCAAGCCAAGAAUCUCAGUGGAGGCCAGAAGAGGAAGCUCUCUGUCGGCAUCGCCAUUCUGGGAGACCCUAAGAUCCUGCUCCUGGACGAGCCCACGGCAGGCAUGGACCCCUGCUCCAGGCAUCAGGUCUGGUCUCUCCUGAAGAGCCGCAGGGCUGGCCGGGUCAUUGUCCUCAGCACGCACUACAUGGACGAGGCGGACAUCCUCGCUGAUCGUAAAGCGGUCAUCUCCCAAGGCCAGCUGAAGUGCGUCGGCUCGUCCAUGUACCUCAAGAUCAAAUGUGGCGUGGGAUAUCAUCUCAGGAUGUCCGUCAGUGACCGCUGCCAUGCUGAGAAGAUCUCGUCACUGGUGGAGCAGCACGUUCCCAAGGCAAAGCUAGCUCGGCAGCACGAGGCGGAGCUGACGUUCACGCUGCCUUUUGACAGCAUGGAUGCUUUUGCAGCUUUGUUCUCAGACCUCGACUCCCAGCCGAGCCUGGGCCUCAUCAACUAUGGCGUUUCCAUGACAACACUGGAGGAUGUCUUUCUGCGUUUGGAGGCGGAGGCAGAGGUGGACCAAACAGACUACACCGUCUUCAACCGGGAGCCAACCGAGGACGAUGGCGACGGCGUCCUGUCAGACGACACGGACCAGCGUCUGCUGACAUUCUCCGACUCGUCGGACGUGGUGUCGGGUCACGCCCUGUGGCGCCAGCAGUUCAGCACGGUGGCGUGGCUGCACAUGCUCAACAUGUGGCGCGAGAGGAAGGCCUUCAUUUAUACCCUGACCCUGUUCCUGGUGUUUGUUGCCGCCGUGCUCGUCCUGUCUUUGACCACAGGAAACAUCCAGAUCCACUCACCCGGCCGCCAGUUCCUGCCCAUCUACCUCCUCCGGAGGAACCAGUCCCCCCACAGAUACACCACCAGCCUCCUCGUUCAGAACUCAUCAGACUCCGAUAUUUCUGACCUCAUCCAUAACCUGGAAUCCCAGGACAUUAAAGUGGAAGUGAUGAGGCACGCCGACUACAUGGCAGCCGCCCCCCACAGCGCCGCCAUUAACGUCACAGGAUCCAACAAGGGCUUCAGGUACAGCGUGGCCUUCAACAGCACCACGGUCCACUCCUUACCCAUGGCCGUGAAUAUUCUCAGCAACGCGCUGCUGAGAGGUCUCAACGGUACCGGACGCAUCAGAACUUGGACCAAACCAUUUGACUAUCAAAUCCCCGAGUCUACGUCCUACGUGCUGGUCUUCAUAGAGGCCAUCUUGCUGGGAAUGCUGGCGGCUGGCAUGCCGGCCUAUUUCGCCAUGGACCACACUCGAGACCGAGAGCUCAAGUGCCGCUCCACACUGCGCAUCUCCGGGUUGCUACCGUCAGCCUACUGGUGCGGCCAAGCAGCCGUGGACAUGCCCUUCUUCUACCUCGUCCUGUCCUGCAUGACCACUGUCCUCUUCUCCUUCCACACCGGAAACCUGCUCACCUCCGGCAACCUUGGUGCCGUGGUCCUGUGUACUGUUGGCUUUGCUCCGGCCGUGAUCCUCUUCACGUACGUCUUCUCUUUCGGCUUCACCCGCGUCCAGAGCAACAAGGAUUUCUUCUCCGUCAUCUCCAUGAUGGUGUGUGUGGUGUCGGCCUCGCUGGUUCACCUGCCGCUUGUGAGCGACAGCCCCGCCGUCACCCGAGCUCUGCACAACGCCUUGUGUGUCUUGAACCCGCUCUACCCGCUCAUGGGCUGCCUCAGCUGCAUCACCAAGGCCACCUUCCUCCCUUCGUACUAUGACGAGAACUUCCUGUGGAACAAUCUGCUCGUUGCUGUUUUAGCACCUUACCUCCAGUGCACCCUGCUGAUGUUUGUGCUCCGCUGCCUGGAGGCCCGUCACGGUGGCAGGAACAUGAAAAAGGAUCAGCUGUGCAGGAUCUCGUGCAAGGCCAAGCCCAAAGCGGAGCGCAACCCAGAGGAGGGGCUGAACGAGGACGAGGACGUCCAGAUGGAGAAGGCCCGGGUGAAGGAGGCUCUCAGCCGGACGUCGUGUGAGGAGAAGCCGCUGGUGGUUGUGAGUAACUUGAGGAAGAAGUACAAGAAUCGUAGAGAAGAUGUCUCCCUCAACGAGAGCGGGAGGGUGGCCACCAAGAACGUGUCCUUCUGUGUUCGUAAAGGUGAGGUUCUUGGACUGCUGGGCCCCAACGGCUCAGGAAAGAGCACCAUCAUGCACAUGCUGUCCGGAGACCUGGACCCCACGGCAGGACAGGUGCUGAUGGGAGAUUUUGGGUCGGCGGACGCCCCAUUGGAGCAUGUGGGCUACUGUCCCCAGUUGAACGCUCUGUGGCCCAGGAUCACGCUGCAGGAACACCUAGAGAUCUACGCCGCCAUUAAAGGACUGAGAGGACAGGAUGUGCCCGGGAUCAUCAAACGUGUGGUGAACGCCCUGGAGAUGAAGGAGCACGUGCACAAACAAACCAAGAGUCUGUCAGGAGGACUGAAGAGAAAACUGUGCUUUGCGUUGAGCAUGAUCGGGAACCCUCAGAUCGUCCUACUGGACGAGCCGUCAUCGGGGAUGGACCCUAAAUCCAAACAGCGCAUGUGGAGAGCCAUCCGUGCUGCGUUUAAGAACCGUCAGCGCGGCGCCGUCCUCACCACGCACUACAUGGAGGAGGCGGAGGCCGUGUGCGACCGUGUUGCUAUUGUGGUCUCGGGCCAGCUGAGAUGCAUCAGCUCCAUCCAGCACCUGAAGGGCAAGUACGGUCGAGGGUACAGUCUGGAGGUCAAGCUCAGGGAGGGGCUGACGGGGCUCCAACAGGUGGCGCUGUUGCACAAAGAGAUACUCCGGAUCUUCCCCCAUGCCUCGCGACAGGAGAGCUUUGCUACGACGAUGGUGUAUAAAAUCCCCAUGGGGGACGUCAAAUCCCUGGCCACGUCCUUCUCCGAGUUGGAGCGCGCAAAGCAAAGCUUCAACUUUGAGGAGUACAACUUCUCGCAGUCCACUCUGGAGCAGGUCUUCAUGGACUUCGCCAAGGAGCAGGAGAACGAGGACGACGACGUGGGAUCGCUCAGCACGACCUUCCAGUGGCGGCGGCUACCCCCGGACGCUUCGCUUCGUGCCAACCACGGUGACAGCAUCGUGCAUCAGCUGUGACGUCCACCUCAGAGGAAAGUGUGUGUGUGUGUGUGUGUGUGGUGUCAUUAACGGUCAUGUGUUAAUAAUAACAGGUCAUGUGACAUCGCUGUGGAGGUUGUGGUCACAUUUUUAAAGAAGGUGAACAAAAGCGACGCGUCCACGAUGCUACCAAAGUGGCACACGUGCUCCAGACAUUCGUGUUGGCAGAACUUGCUUAUCUUGGGAGCCCCCCCCCCCCCCCCCCCCCACCCACCCACCCACUCCAUUUGUCACCAGCAUGCACAUGCGGACGGACGUCAGAUGAUUAUUGGCCGCCCUCCAUCCUCCCUCCCUCCCUCCCUCCCGACCAGAACCUGUCGCUCGGGGGACUGUAGAGUCGAAUAUGCACGCAGUACAUGUAGCACACGUGUGCAAGGACACACGCCUCCCAACACGGGAGAGGCGGAGCUUAGCUCUUGUCACUUUUUAUGGAUUUAUACUCAUGAAUGUGAGCUCCACUGGGGGGGUGGGGCUUGUGUCGUUCAUUCUUGUCACAUAGUGUUUGUGUGUGUGUGUGUGUGUGUGUGUGUGUGUGUGUGUGUGUAUAUACACACACCUUUGUUUUAAUAUACCAAUUGCGUCAGCAUUAUUUAACGUACAAUUGGUGCAUCAGCAAAUCAGUCAAUUGUAAUUUUUCUUGAUGUUCAGGCGGUGAAAGGGAAUUUUAAAAAAAUCGGAACGUGAGGUCGCGGUGGACUUGAAAAUGAAGCAGGGAGCUCAUGUUUACCUAGCAACAGUGAUGAAGUCAUUUUCUUUUGUUGCCUUUUCUCCGACCGUGUUUGUUCACGUCUGUCUGUGGGAUCAUCUUGUGGGACUCCAUCCUGCCAAGAAAAUGAAAAAUAUAUAUUUCUUUUUUCAUGACCUGAAAUUAACAACCUGAACUGCCUUCCACUCUCGGUUUUCAGUUUUUAAAGACACGCACAGGCUCCAGGGGGGCGUCCUAAAAUGACUUUUGAUAAGAAUUACAAUUCAUCAAGAUGCAAAACACGCUGAUUCGACGUCGCCUGUAAUGAUCACGCACGGUGUUUUGUGGCUGUCAAAAACUUGAUUUAAUACUUUUUUUUUGCACACAUGUAGCCUUGCUUCCUCAGGCGGGGGGGACAAGACGGACACCAGCCGUGUGUUGUUGGGAUGUCAUGUUGCUAUGAUAAGUGUCUUUUUACAGUAUUAUAUUUCUUUUCCCAAGUGCAAUGAAGGCUUUUCUUGAAGCAAUCCUUGUGUGUUUAUUAGUCCACAUGUAGCCACCGAGCAUCACCCACUCAUCCAACCAAAAUGUAGAAAGUGGAGCAUUCCCACAUUUUUGGCAAGAAACGGGAGCAGGACUUAUUUGGUGCUGGUAAAAUUGCACUACUUCCUGGAAGUUUUAUAAUCUUUAUAAUAUGCAACUUUUGAAAGACACUGUGCUCUCAAUUUACUGUUUAUUUGUGUGUUGUAUUUUGCCCUCUGUAUUGCCACAAAGUCUGAAUGGACCUUUUCAUGAAUAAAUAUUCAUUCUAAUUGUUUG